AAAUUUUAAUGCCUAGUUUUCCUGAUUCCCCAUAGUUUGGGAUAUCACUGACGAACAACUAUUGUGUGAAGAAGCAUACUGUUGAAACGUCGCUUGCCUUUUUUGGUUGGGAUCAAAGUUUAUUGUUAUCGUUAUCCACCAACAGUGCCAUCGGGGGGCGGGGGAGGCGUCUUCUCCUUAUUUGCGCUUCUUCAAGCGCGGUUCAUGACCAUGAUCUCUUGCCCAAAAUUCUCUCUCGGAUCUCGCUCGCAGAUCCACUACAACACCAACAAGCAACAACUCUUAAGCUUUUGUUUUGAUUCUCGAUGGACCCAACUUAUAGCCCUGCUGUCGUCAUUGACAACGGAACUGGAUAUACUAAAAUGGGAUUCGCGGGCAAUGUAGAGCCGUGUUUUAUUCAGCCAACAGUAGUAGCAGUUAACGAGUCUUUUCUCAAUCAAUCCAGAACUUCUUCCAAGUCAAAUUGGUCAAGUCAGUAUUCAGCUGGGGUAAUGGCGGAUCUUGAUUUCUUCAUUGGAGAUGAAGCGCUGAUGAAAUCAAGAUCGAGUAACACUUAUAACCUAAACUAUCCUAUUAAACACAGUCAAGUUUAUAACUGGGAUGCUAUGGAACGGUAUUGGCAGCAAUGUAUAUUCAAUUAUUUACGGUGUGAUCCUGAGGAUCAUUACUUUUUGUUGACCGAGAGUCCUCUUACUGCUCCUGAGAAUCGAGAAUAUACAGGCGAAAUUAUGUUUGAGACGUUUAAUGUUCCGGGGCUUUAUAUUGCUGUGAAUUCUGUGCUUGCUUUAGCUGGGUACACUACCUCUAAGUGUGAGAUGACAGGAGUGGUAGUGGAUGUUGGAGAUGGGACUACGCAUAUUGUACCUGUUGCUGAUGGUUAUGUUAUUGGGAGCAGCAUUAAGUCAAUUCCAAUAGCUGGAAAAGAUGUUACACUCUUCAUACAACAGCUUAUGCAGGAAAGAGGAGAGAAAAUUCCACCGGAGGACUCAUUUGAAGCAGCUCGAAAAGUGAAGGAAAUGUACUGCUAUACAUGUUCUGAUGUAGUCAAGGAGUUCAACAAGCAUGACAAAGAGCCUGGAAAGUAUAUCAAACAUUGGAGAAGUAUUAGACCGAAGACUGGGGCACCGUAUUCCUGUGACAUUGGUUAUGAAAGAUUUUUAGGCCCUGAGGUUUUCUUCAGUCCUGAGAUUUAUAGCAGUGAUUUUACGACUCCCUUACCAGUUGUAAUAGAUAAGUGCAUUCAGUCAGCACCAAUUGACACCAGAAGAGCUUUGUAUAAGAACAUAGUAUUAUCUGGUGGAUCAACCAUGUUCAAAGAUUUCCACAGAAGGUUGCAGCGAGAUCUGAAAAAGAUUGUAGAUGCCCGAUUACUUGUGUCUGAUACUCGAGUUGGUGGGGAAAUAAAAUCACAACCCGUGGAAGUUAAUGUAGUCAGUUAUCCUAUCCAAAGAUUUGCGGUAUGGUUUGGAGGUUCUGUACUUGCAUCAACACCUGAAUUUUUCGCGGCAUGUCAUACAAAAGCUGAAUACGAGGAAUACGGAGCCAGUAUUUGCCGUACAAAUCCUGUUUUUAAGGGCAUGUAUUGAGGAAAAUGUCAAUUUUCCAGCUGAUCAUUGGAAAAAGCAUUCUCUGAUAACGCUCGAGUGCCUGACUUGCUAUUCCCACUUUAAUCUUGCACAUCAAGUUAAUUCCCUGGUUCCGGCUUUGUUCGGUGCUCAUAUGUCUUCAUUGUAAGAGGUGGUACAAAACAUGGCAGCCGGUCUUCAAUUGCAGUAGUUCAAAAGGGAAGUUCUUUCAUUCAUUCUUCGAUCCAGAGUUAAAAAGGGUCCUCACAGCAGCCUAGGGAUGCAAUUAGAUAUGUUUCCAUCGGGCCCUGGCAACACUGACGCAUCAGAUGGAAUGCCGAAUAGUUGGGG